GCAUGCGCAGUAGCUUAGUUUAGCUUAGCACAGGUUUAUUCAUUCAGAAGUUCUUUUUAGCUCCGUUUAAAGCCGCUGAUCAAUGGAAAAAGCCACAAAACUUUAAAACUCAAAUGUUUUUGUUUGAUUCGUGUCGGUUUAAGUUUAAUAAAACAGAGAUUUGAUGCGUUUGUUGAGCUCGGGGCUGGAUUUGUGUGGAUAUAUUUGAUUCUCGCAGAAGCGGACUCUCUGUCUGGAAACAUUUAAUUAUUUGAAUAAAAUGGAAAAGACUGAAGAGAAUCCGAAGUCAAACGUGAGUAAAACGCUGCUGGUCCGACAGCUUCCCCCAGAGCUGAGCAAAGAGGAGAAAGAAGAUCUGCUGCAGCACUUUGGAGCCGAGUCUGUGCGAGUCUGUGCGAGCCGGGGCCGGAUGAAAAAUGCAGCUUUUGCCACUUUCAGGACCGAGCGUUUUGCUGCUAAGGCGCUGGUGCGGCUGCAUCAGCUGCAGGUCCUGGGUCAGACUCUUGUGGUAGAGUUUGCAAAAGGUCAAGAUUCUGUUGUAUCAUUAAAAGAUCCACCAGUGACAAAAAUCAGAGACAAAACUCCCACAGAACAGAAGCGGCCGGAGCCCAAACCGAGUAUUCCCUUUUCAGAAGACAGCCUCGCACCAAGCCUCGGGUUGAAAUUUCAAGCAAACCCCAUUUUAAAAUAUUUAUAUCCCCCGCCUUCAAACGCCACCCUGGCAAACAUCACACACGCCCUCAUCAGCGUGCCCAAGUUUUAUGUUCAGGUUCUGCAUCUGAUGAACAAAAUGCACCUGCCUUGUCCUUUUGGCCCCGUCACAGUGAGGCCCCCGACGUACGAGGUUUUGGCCCCGGCUCCUCCUGUUCCUCCUCCUGAAAACCCCCCCCUGCCCCGACAGGACGGCUCCAGCGAGGAGUCUGAGUACGAGAGCGAAGACGACGACGUUAAAGAGAGGAUCGCACGUGUGAUGGGGCUGGUCAACCAAGCGUGCAAGAGACCGCUGAGACAAAAGGCAUCCUCCGAACGAAAGAAGCCCCGGAUCAAGUCUCUCCUGUUCGCUCCUAAAGCAGAAUCCCAGAGUGCCCCGGCGCUGCAGCCGUCAGACGUGUUUGAGCAGCCGCAUCCGACCGGACACAAGAAAAUCGAGUUUCACAUUUCGGUUUCAGAGACAAAAGUGGAGUCGUCCGGACCCGGCGUGGCGUCCCCGAGUGAACAAAGAGAAGAGGAUGUAGAAGCCCCUCCGAGCACACAGGGGGCAGCAGAGGUGCUCGAGGGAUUUGGAAAGCUCUUCCCCAGCGCACAGCCGUCUGAAACACAAGAAGACGACGACGACAGCGAAGACGAGGACGUGCCCAAAGACGUCAUCUCCAGGAAGGAGCUGGAGCGAGGACGACUCUCCAGAGAUGAGAUAAAAAGAAUUUCUGUAUUUAAAAAUUAUGAACCGGGCGAGCCGACGUGCAGACUGUACGUGAAGAACAUCUCUAAACACGUGGAGGAGAAGGAUCUGAAGUACAUCUAUGGGAGGUACAUCGAUCGUUCGUCUGAAGCAGAAAGAAACAUGUUCGACGUCGUGCUGAUGAAGGAGGGCCGGAUGAAAGGACAGGCGUUUGUGGGUCUGCCCAGUGAGGCCAGUGCCCAGCGAGCCCUGAGGGACACCCACGGAUACGUCCUCCACGACAAACCGCUCGUGGUCCAGUUUGCCCGCUCAGCCAAACCCAAGGACGGCGGCGGCGGCGACACAAAGCGACGUCCGCGCUGAGCCAAACAGGUGAGUCCGACAAUGAAACUGAGGCUUCUGCCAAAAAUAAUCAUCAUAAUAAUAAUAAUCCUCCAGACGGAAACGGCACUUUUAUCUUUGUAAUGGUGUUUUCUGUUUGCAUUUGUUUACAUUUAUUUAUUCAAGAUGCCACGGGCUGAUAAUGUGCUCCCGCUGAAGCUUUUGUAUCCUUGUUCUUAAAAUAUCCUUUGAAAAAACAGGGCGCUCCUCAGCCCAGAACAAUGGGACACACUCUGGACCUUUAGUUUAGACUUUAUAUAAAAACAGCUUCAAUUCUGUUUCACAAUGAGGACAAUGAAUCACAACAGUCUCCACUUUUUGUACUUUUUAGGUGAAGCUCAUCGACGUCGACCUGUUUUUUUGUACAGAAUAAAAUAUUUGAUUAAAUG